CGAAACUGAUCGAUAUCGUAAAGUUGCACGGAAGUCAGCCCGCCAUCGCUGGAAGCUGAUGGAACAGCUGGGAUCGCCUGAGGACUGCCGGUUCUUCAUCUUGGAGAAGACUCGCUGGAGCUCGUCGGUUCGCCGGCUGUCGCAGCCUUCGUCUCCACCCACGAGCUUGCUGGAGUCGUCACCUGCGCCCCCUGAAGCUGCCACUCAACUGCCGGAAUUCGUCGCUGAUUUCCUCGCCGCCGUGGUCGCGGGCUGUGGUGAAGAACCAAGGGACCCCCUGCCCUUCGGUGAUCAUCCCCACGCAGUAGAUGAGCCGAGGAACGCCUUAGUCAUCCCGAUGGAGACUAGAAUGUGGGUGAUAGCUAAACCUAGCUACCAUGUACGUACACAAGCCCUCGUUUUGAAAACCCGUUGGACCCCGCAGGUUCCUGGACGGGCCUGCGGAAGAGGCGCACUGGGCCUGACCUCUUGUCGCGAACUGGCUGAUAAUCGAUUAUCCAUUGUUGAUAAUCGAUUAUCAUGCUGUGCAGCUUCUGUUCCCAAAGUCCCGCAGGGCAUGAUAAUCGAUUGUCACCUCAUGACAAUCGAUUGACAGAUGGUUUUGUCCAAGAAACCCAAGUUCAGAGAGGCCUGAUAAUCGAUUAUUGCUUCUGUGAUAAUCAAUUAUCAGAUGAACCAACUCUGACUCAGGAAUCCGCAGGGCCUGAUAAUCGAUUAUCACCCUUGUGAUAAUCGAUUGUCACACCUUGCUUAUUCAAUGAGGAGUCCAGCGUAGCCUGUUAAUCGAUUACCAUGACCUGUAAAUCGAUUAUCAUGGCUCGCAGGUUCUCGUCUUGUCUGGUUGAUUACAAUCAAUACGUUGGUAGUUU